GGCUCCGGCUUUCGGUCACGACUCAUAUCGCGCUAUCUGAUUAAUCGCUCACGUCAACGGACGUCGCGAAGUGAUCCCACCGGAAUUCCCCGGGAGCAUCGAGAGGUCUUCAAGAUCUUCACCGGAAAUCGCGCGACCGUUCUGCCGAUUUUUCGUGGUGGUGCAAUUCGUGCUUUGAAAAAGAUUCCUGAUGCCGGCGUGCGACUGUCAGAACAGGACUCUGGACGAGUCGGAGGAGCACGUUUGUUCGCUGAAGCUACCGGUGAAGGACAAGGUCGAGGAGUCCACCGAGUACGCCAAUCCGGUUAGGUACAGCGAUGGCUCCGUACGAUUACGAAACCCCAAUAUCGAGCUCAUGGAUCAGGACAUAUUGUACCAUCUCGCACUCGGCAGCGGCUCCCACGAUCUGGUUGAGAUGUUCGGUGACGUCAAGUUCGUUUGCAUGGGCGGAACGCCGAAGAGGAUGGAGCACUUCGCUAACUACAUCAUGAAGGAGAUAGGUCACAAGCUGCCGGCCGGAACGACCCUUCUCGACAUCACCAAAAAUUCCUACCGCUACUCGAUGUAUAAAGUUGGCCCGGUUCUCUCUAUCAGCCACGGAAUGGGUAUACCUUCGGUUAGCAUUCUGCUUCACGAAGUUAUCAAGCUGAUGUAUCACGCGAAGGUAAAGGACCCAGUCUUCAUUAGGAUCGGCACCUGCGGUGGUAUCGGCUACGAAGGCGGUACGGUAAUCAUCUCGGAGGAAGCCCUCGAUGAAACGAUAAAACCUUAUAUGGAAUUGUUGGUGCUCGGAAAACUGGUGCGCCGACCAGCCAAGCUCGACCGUCAGCUAGCCCGCGACCUGAAGACUCUGGCUCACCGCGACGAUCCGUACGACACCGUGAUCGGCAAGACCAUGUGCUCGAACGACUUCUACGAGGGCCAGGGUCGUCUGGACGGCGCGUUCUGCGAGUUCAGCGAGGCCGACAAAAUGGAGUACCUCACCAAGCUGCAGAAGGCCGGCGUGGUAAACAUCGAGAUGGAGAGCCUCUGCUUCGCCGCGCUGACACACCACGCCGGCAUCCAGUCCGCCGUCGUGUGCGUGACGCUGUUGGACCGACUCAAAGGCGACCAGGUACUGGCGCCCAAGGAAGUGUUGGAAGAAUGGCAGAUGCGACCGCAGAAGUUGAUCGCACGCUACAUCACCACGUACCUUCAGCGCAAGGGCCGCCUCUCCCUCGAGGGGCCCCACGGUUCCAUGUACGUGAAGAGCCCGCGCCGGUUCAAGCUGGUACAGCAGGAGUCCGAGAAUUACGAUUAAAUGAUUCUCGAGCGAAUCCGAAGAAAUGCGGCCACGAAGAUCUCGCCGAGGGGCGAUCGGCUCGACUACGGGAUCGGUCAUAGGCCGCGCAAGAUGCUGUAUCUGUUUGUUUGCUCGCGAAAGAAAAAAUUGAUUUGCCCGCGAAGGGAGUCGCGUGACGAUACGGCGUAUCGAAAUACACAGGAGAGACGAAGGAUUCGAGCACACACAGGAAUGGAAUGGAUUUGAACAAUUUACAUAUCAUGCACCACAAUAGGAUAACUAUUUUUCGCGCCUCUAGAUAAACGCAACUGUGUCAACAAAACGUUUUAUUUUCCAUGCAUAAUAUUCGAAUUGUUCAAAUCUGCUUCUCCGUUAAUUAAAUCUUCCCUACUAGAUAGUUUCCCUCCCACUUGAAAUAUUUAAGAAGAAAAAAAGUUUCUUUUGCAGAUGAGAAUACUUCCGAGCACAGUUAACUCGCAAUAGUUAAAUUACGUAAAUCUUGCCUUGCAUUUUACUGUGCGCGUAUGUCAAUUUUGUUAAAUAUUCGAUUGGACCUUGAAUUACAUAAGUUUCGUUUCACCGACGAGCUCCCGCGUACCCUGCGUUCUGUAGAUUAUCGAUAAUAAAGUCGUAAUUAAGAGUUAUACAGUUCCUCGCACAUUGCGAGAAAGCACGCCGCCGUUGCGCACACCACGAGAACACGUUGGAUUCCCCGAGACCUAUCCGUGAAAAUUAAUCAAUACCGCGCCAAAGUUAUAUCGCACGUUUCGCGCGCGGUGACCCAAGUACAAAAUGUGCAGAAAACUUUACGAACUGCGCUCGAAAGCGAUGCACAUUUUUCCACGACCACAUAUCUCUCGAGACCGGACCGCGUCAUCCUUGAUCUGAACUGAUCUUCAAUCGUAAUUAAAAAAAAAAUACUAUCUUUCGAUCUGCAAUGUUAAACUCUGGCAGUUAAAACGUUAGCUCAAAUUUAAAUUCGUCGUUCGGAGGAUCAAUUAAAAGUACUUGAUACAUUCAAGAUGUACAGAAUUACAAUCGCUCCGCUGAUGAGAUGACGAAACUAUUUAGAAGAGACGUUAGUCAAAAUGGUGCAACCGGUCUCACGUAGCUCUGUAGAGACUUAAUUUUAGGAUUCUCGCUGGCAGGGACGCGCUGCAACUGCGCUGCGCGUCCGCGCGCAUAAACGCACGACAUUUCGGACGAUUCUUUUCCUUUCUCUCGUUCGUAGAUAAACCCUAAAAAUAACGGGCGACGAUGAUUCCUCUCGUAAAUCUUCAGGGAUUUAUAUUGAGAAAUUUAGACGAAAUCCGCUAACGGACCUAUUUCGCGGUUUAUUACGAGUGUUUUGCGUCGAGAGCAGUUUCGAGAGAACUUGUAAAUUUAGCUAUACGCACGCUCGCCGGCGUACGCGCCCGGCGACGUGAAGAAUCUAUGUAUUAGCACUUUUAGCAGUUUGGUAGAAGCACACAUUCCAUAUAUACAUAAAAAAAAUAUAUAUAUAUAUAUUAUAUAGUCAAACAACUAGCGCAUUUUCGUUCGACUGUUAUGCCGUAACGUGGACGGAGACUAUUAUGCAAACAUACAUUUGUACACGUACGCGCGACGUACAGAUAUACGGAAACACGCUCGCGAUCGUGCCCUAAAUUGCCUGGAUUAGGAAUUACAAUAAAAAAAUAACGUUUCAACACAAAGAUCGUCGUCUAACAAGUUACAUUCUCCUAGAAUGUGUUUCCGGAACACUAAAACUCAGGUGACUUAAGGAGGAAGAAAAAGAAAGCGGUUAAUAAUUGUCUCGUUGCACUUUCAGCUUCCUGCUGUGACUAACAUUCGCUGUAAUAACGAAGCUAAAAUGAGAAUGACCGAUUUGUUACAAGCAAUGUAAUAUUGUUAAUUGUAAUAACGUAUACAUUACCACAUUUCUCUGUAAAUAUUGGCUAAGAUUGAUCAGUAAAUGCAACACUUCGUGAUUUCGAAUGUUCAAUGUUACAAUUUCGCUUAAAAAAUUUAAAUCAAAAUGAAAGACGAUGAAGAUAAUUAACUUUUCCACGUCCAGAGAAAGAGGUUAAUAACCAUUAAUUAUUUCAUUAUCAGAAUAAUAGAUAAAUUUCCACGAUUAAAAUUGUAACAACUUUUUCAUAUGGAUAUUUGAUAUUCGUGUGCACUCACGCAUAUUUUCAAUCGCCACAAAAGGCAUAAUUAAUCGCGAGGCAAGCAUUAUAAAUGUAAAAAAAGAGAUAAUUAUUGCAAAGAAAUUAUUAAUUAUAAAUUAUAACAUAUGAACUCUAAUGAGGCGGCGUACGAUGUUAAUUUCAACGACAGCAAUAACUAUGUCCACAGGGUUGGGCAAAAUAUACUAUUAAAAUGUAUUUCAGGUACAAAAAAAAUAUUCAAUAUACUCUAUUUUCUAAUACUCUCCGUAACAUUUUAUAGUUUACAAAAUAAUAAAGCAUUAUUAAGAAUAUGAAGAUUUAAUUACAGAAUACAGAAUGAUAAAAGCAAUACUAUGCAUUUCACUCAUGAUUUCGUGUCAAUUCAAAACUGCGUUAUUAAACUUGAAAUACUGCCCAGUCCUGAGCGCCCACGUUACGUCCUGCGUGUGUGUGUGUGUGUGUGUUCGUUAUUAUCAUUAAUAUCCCCAUUACCUAGUGGAUAGCAAAAGUUGUAUAGUUGUGCGAUACGUCUUCAUUAAGAUUGUUGCUAACCGGCGCGUACAAUUUGCCUUUCGUCGUUCAUAUUCAUUGCGGCACGGAGGAGAGUCGCGGAGAGAUACGUAGUAUCAAUAGUGAAACAUUGCGUAAUAGUGGGGCGUUUUCGUAUUUUAUAUUUUCCUAAGAUAAAUUCCGGCACGUUGCUGGUGCCAAACGAACAAAUUCGGCAAUAUCUCUUUCGUCAUUUUUACUGCGUUUUUUUUUGCCGCUUCGCGGAUCAUUCUGUCAACGAGGGACGCUCGUUUUACUUGCAACGAGAUGUAAACGGUUAUACUUUCGAUUAUUUUUACAUGCCCGCAAUACAAUAUACAAGAUGUUCCAAGAAAGUUGGGGCACACGAACGGCAGGAUACUCUUAUUACCUUCACGUAUAUCUCGUUCAAGCUUGUGCUCUGUGAAUUUCUGAAAUUAAAGAAUUCCAGAGCAACAAUGAUCUCUACAUUUUUUUAAAGAAUUAAUCUUCUAAUUAAAAAAAAUACUUUUAAAUUAAUUUAUAUUAAAUUUCUCAUAUGUUUUAGAAAGCAGAUUAAUCACCGGUCAAUCGUUUACUGUAAUUAUUAAAGGCGGUUAGUUAUGAUUUUAUAAAAGAUAAAUCACUUUUUUUUUAAGGAAAAAUCGAACCCUUUAGGAGUAAAGUCUUGCUGCUGAUACACAUCGUCCUCGGGACAACCGGUGCAUAUUCUCGCCGAUUCUAGCUGUCGCCAUUCGUGUUUCUUUUCGUUCCACGAACAACGACAUAUCUGUGAUGAGUACUUAUAACGUGUGUACACAUACGAGGAGUAUUAAACAAAAAUUGUACCUAACGUUGAUACGUAAAGUAUAUGUAUAUUCGCUCGGCGAUCUUACCUAUUUUCCUGCGUAAUGGCUAUUUCUCUACUUACGAAAUGUUACAAAUUACUCUGUGAAACCUUCGUUGUUACCCCUUCCCCCCCCCUCCCUCGCAUAUAACUACUACACUAUUGAUCUAUUAUGUCACGCCGAGAUAUGUCGGCCGGACGUUCUACAUUGUAAGAUUGUUAAUAUUAUUCAGCUAUCUAAUUGUAUUCUCACUGUAAACUGUUAUUUAUAUACUAACCCACGAGACGUCUAACGUGUCCUUGUAAGAACUAAUUGCUGGCACAUGGAUUAAAUAAAUAAAAAAAAAUAAAAAAAAUAAGAAAGAAAAAAUUACCGUUGUUGAUUGUACGUUAUAAAAGGACAAUAAAAAAAAUAUUAUGUACAUAAAAA